UGCGAUAUCGACGUCAUCCAGAUUCUCAAACCACAGACCAAAAUCUUGUAGAAGCGGCGCCUACCAGCACCGAAGCUACAAUAGACGCGGAUUACCUUGUUAGAUUGUCCAAGUCGCCUUACAGGUCCAACAUGACGAGCAUCUCCAAAGGCUUGGAAUUCAAUAGAAGCAAUGACGAUUUGAUUAUGCAGUACAGAACAGAUCGCCUUGGUCCGGAGAUGAAUUAUCAAACGGAUUCGGAUAUCGAAGACGAUGAUGACGAAUCGUCGGUAUUGUCGGCCGACGCAUCGGCUACGAGUAGCAGCCUCGAGUCACCAAGUGCGAGUAUCGUGAACGUGAGCGAUGAACAUCACGUACCCCAUCCAGGUCAUGUUCUGGAUAAACGGGCGAUGGCGACCAGCGGACAUCACGGGCAGCGAGCAUGUUUACUCUGGGCAUGCAAAGCUUGUAAAAAGAAAACUAUUACCGUGGACCGGAGAAAGGCCGCUACGCUCAGGGAGAGACGACGUCUACGCAAGGUGAACGAGGCAUUCGAGGUUCUGAAGAGACGAACGAGUGAUAAUCCGAAUCAGCGCUUACCAAAAGUCGAAAUCCUACGUAACGCGAUUGAGUAUAUUGAAAGCCUCGAAGCUCUGCUGCAGGGAAAUAGAGUAUCAGGACCGCAGAAACGAACAUCAAUGGAAAGUAUGAAUGUAGAUUCUACAAAGUACGUAACCGACAGACUACGUCAAUUCUCUGACCCUUUGGCGAGGUUUCAACCUAUUAGUGUUUACGAUCAAAAUACAGAAGGAGCAAAUGAUAAAAAUUCUGGCAGUAGCUUAGACUGCUUAAACUUAAUAGUUCAAAGUAUCAGUGAUGCAACACCAACGAAGACAUCAAUAACGGCAGCUAAUGCGAAGCAGUAUUCCGUCCAAUAUUAGACUAUUUAACUUUUUAUACCGAAGCUACAUAAAAAUAUAUUUUAGAUAAUAGCCAUCUACGAAUCGUUGAUUGAUGUAAUAUAAAUAAGAAAAUGUCUAGGAUAGGCAUACAUUUCGUCUAUUUGCCUAGGAAAUGAGAAUCUUAUGAAUCAAAUUCACGUCAAUUAAAAAUUUUAUUCUGAGCUCUCAAUUCAA